AUGUGGCAUGGAAAACUAGGGCUACAGAACAAGUAUUUUGACACUCGAAAAGGCCCAAAUCUACCAAUGGCAACUGUUGAUAUCAAAAACCCAGAAAUUACAACUAACAGAUUUUAUACUCCACAAGUCAACAAUAUUUCAUAUACCAAAGAAAAGAAGAAAGGAAAAACUAAAAAAAGAAGAUUGACAAAGGCAGAUAUUGGAACACCAUCUAAUUUCCAACACAUUGGACAUGUUGGUUGGGAUCCAAACACAGGUUUUGAUGUGAACAACUUAGACCCAGAACUGAAAAACCUGUUUGAUAUGUGUGGAAUUUCAGAAGCUCAACUAAAAGACAAAGAAACCUCAAAGGUCAUAUAUGAUUUCAUUGAAAAAACAGGAGGUGUGGAAGCUGUUAAAAAUGAACUACGCAGACAAGGUCCCCCACGGUGGAGCGCUCCACCUCCACCACCACCGUGCAGGGGAGGACCCCCUCCACCUCCACCACCACCUCCCCAUAGCUCGGGCCCUCCUCCUCCCCCUGCUAGGGGCCGAGGGGCACCACCUCCACCUCCUUCAAGAGCUCCCACAGCAGCACCUCCGCCCCCACCUCCAUCUAGACCUGGUGCCACAGUGCCCCCACCUCCUCCAAACAGGAUGUAUCCUCCACCACCACCAGUGCAUUCAUCAUCUGCACCAUCCGGCCCUCCUCCACCGCCGCCACCGCCGGCAAGUGGGUCAUCUGUUCCUCCACCACCUCCUCCUCCUCCACCCCCUCCUGGUCCUCCUCCACCACCAGGCCUUCCUUCAGAGGUUGAUCACCAGCUCCCAGUUCCUGCAGGAAACAAAGCAGCACUCUUGGAUCAAAUCAGAGAAGGAGCUCAGUUAAAGAAAGUAGAACAGAACAGUCGACCGGUGUCCUGCUCAGGAAGAGAUGCACUGUUAGACCAGAUACGACAGGGUAUACAGCUGAAAUCAGUAUCUGAUGGUCAGGAGAGUGCACCACCUACACCUGCACCCACCUCAGGAAUUGUGGGUGCAUUAAUGGAAGUUAUGCAGAAAAGGAGCAAAGCCAUUCAUUCUUCAGAUGAAGACGAGGAUGAAGACGAUGAAGAAGACUUUGAGGAUGAUGACGAAUGGGAUGAUUGAUCAUAUAUUAUUAUAUAUAUAUAUUUUUUAAGGUGAAUGAUAUACUAAACACUACUUUCUGUCUACGGAUUCUGUAAAAUUAUCAUGUAAAUGUUCUACCAAUUUGCUGUAUAUUUUUGUUGCCUUUUGCUUUUUUAUUAAUCUGUGCAAUACCUCAUUUAAUCUGUAAAGGUUUGUCAUAAUCCUCUACAAAGCUACUCCCUGUUAAUGUGUGCAAGUUUACACCUGGAUGAUCAUGUACAUGUGAAUACUUUCCAUUCCAUCAAUAAGGGAGUUUAAAUGUAAUAUGUGAGACUGACAAAAACCUUAAUGUAAUUUAGUUAUAAUGCAAGAAGGAAAACACUAUUUUCAUACCCUACUUUUUCUGUAUCUAAAUUUUCUUAUUAAAACCUAGUAUAGCAC